CCCAAGUACCUAUAGUAGCAACAAAACAGACAAGAAUAUUAAGUUUCCUGAGCCCAGUACUCUUUCCAGUACAUCGUAGUGUCUUUUAGAGAGAGCUCUUUGUAAAGUUCUCUGCAAAGGUAAGGUGGUGGUUUUGGUGCUGGAUGUAACAGGAUUCAGAUGGAGUCUGGAGGCCACUUAAAAGGUCUUGGGCUGCCUCAGACUUCAAACCCAUUGAUGCUAGGGGAAUAUCCUUCCCAGGGCUUAUGGAGUUCAGAAUUUGUGGUCUUUUUGCCCUUGAUCUUGCUUUAUGCAUUGGUGUUUCUGUCCCAUUAGGACUUGGAACAGAUACCCAGGUGGGAUGGACUGACAGCAAGUCAAUUUCAUGAACAACUGGUGAGGAUGAAUGUUUCUGCUAACCUGUGGUCUCUGUCUCUUAUGCUAGGUGAGCCCCAGGUGUGUCCCAGAGGGAUCCAGGUGACUUCUCUGCAGACUGCUUGCCAUGAUGCCCCACCAAGAACAGGGGGACUAAAGUGGGGGUCCUUCCCCAUGCCCCUCCCAUGGUCAGUUUCCCGAUGGCCUGGGUGAGGGUGGUCUGGCUGCUCUGACACCAUGGGGAGCUGUUGCAGCUGCCUGAAUAGAGACAGCAUCCCAGACAACCACCCUACCAAAUUCAAGGUGACGAAUGUGGAUGACGAGGGGGUGGAGCUGGGCUCCGGGGUGAUGGAGCUGACACAGAGCGAGCUGGUGCUUCACCUGCAUCGGCGGGAGGCUGUCCACUGGCCGUAUCUUUGCCUGCGGCGCUAUGGCUAUGAUUCCAACCUCUUCUCCUUUGAGAGUGGCCGCCGGUGUCAGACAGGCCAGGGGAUAUUUGCAUUCAAGUGCUCCCGGGCUGAGGAAAUCUUCAACCUCCUUCAGGACCUGAUGCAGUGCAACAGCAUCAAUGUGAUGGAAGAGCCAGUCAUCAUCACCCGCAACAGCCACCCUACUGAGCUCGACCUCCCGCGGGCCCCACAGCCUCCAAAUGCUCUAGGCUACAGUGUCUCCAGCUUCUCCAAUGGCUUCCCUGGGUGCCCAGGAGAGGGCUCAAGGUUCUCAGCACCCCGGCGCCCCUCAACAAGCAGCCUUCGGCACCCCUCACUGGGGGAAGAGUCCACCCAUGCCCUCAUUGCCCCUGAUGAGCAGGUAAGCAAGCAGCUGCCCCGCCCAUCUCUUGGUCUGGGUGGGAAUGGAGGUCAGGAAAUGUGGCAUGUCCUCUCAGUGAUGAUCAUGGGGGGAAGAAAAUCUGUAGGGUCCUUUCCUGUCCCCAGAAAGGGAGGCAGCUGUUUGGAAGGUUUGGAGGACCAGGAGGAGGAGAAAACCCUCGCUCUUUCCCCAUGCUUCUUGACUCUCACCCUCCUGUCCCUUCUGCUCUCCUUCGUCCCUGCCCUUGGACCCUCCUGCUUUAUUUGGACUCUUUCCCUCCAGUCCCACACUUACGUCAACACCCCGGCCAGUGAAGAUGACCACCGCCGGAGCCGGCACUGCCUGCAGCCGCUGCCCGAGGGGCGGGCGCCCUUCCCAGCACAGGCCCGGGGCCCUGACCAGAGGGACCCGCAGGUGUUCUGGCAGCCGGGCCAAGUGAAGUUCGUGUUGGGUCCCACCCCUGCUCGGCGGCACAUGAAGUGCCAGGGCCUCUGCCCCAGUCUUCGUGACCCCCCCCACCACAACAACAAUGAGGGCCCUUCUGAGUGCCCAGCCCAGCCCAAGUGCACCUAUGAGAAUGUCAGCAGGGGGCUGAGGCCAGGGGCUGGCUGGAGACUGAGCCCCGAGGAGCCGGGCUGGAAUGGCCUUGCCCACCGCCGGGCCGCCCUGCUGCACUACGAGAACCUGCCCUCCCUGCCCCCUGUGUGGGAGAGCCAUGCCCAGCAGCUGGGGGAGGAGGCCGGGGAUGACGGGGACUCAAGGGAUGGGCUCACACCCUCCUCCAAUGGCUUCCCCGACGGCGAGGAGGACGAGACCCCAUUGCAGAAGCCCACCAGCACCCGGGCUGCCCUCCGCAGCCACAGUAGCUUCCCUGUGCCACUGACCCGCCGCCGAGGCUCCCCGAGGGUCUUUAACUUUGAUUUCCCCCGGCCAGGCCCCGAGCCUCCGAGGCAGCUCAACUACAUCCAGGUGGAGCUGAAGGGCUGGAGUGGAGACCACCCCAAGGGGCCCCAGAACCCCACGGUCCCCCAAGCCCCUGUGCCCACCACGCACCCUACCCGCAGCUCAGACUCCUAUGCCGUGAUUGACCUCAAAAAGACCGUGGCCAUGUCCAACCUGCAGAGGGCUCUGCCCCGAGACGAUGGCACCGCCCGGAAAACGCGGCACAAUAGCACCGACCUGCCUCUGUAGGGACUUCCUCCCCCUGCCCCGGUCCAGCCCCCGCCUCACGCUCCUGUCCUCUGAGCCCACCCACCCCGGGUUCAGGGGUGCUUCGCAAGAGGGCAUUGAGGUGGGACCAGAUGCUUCCCUGCGCUGGCCGGAGUCCCCAAAGAUAGCCACUGAGUGGCCUGGUCUCCCAGUUGGGGGGAGAGGAGGGUGACCAGGUGAGGAGGGAGCCAUGGUGUAAACUGUGAAGGGUUCCCUGACUGCAUUUAGCACCCUCCCGUUACGUCCAUUGUCUUGUCGUCUCAUCUGUGUAUUCUUUUUGGUUGAAAUUUGAAGCAUUUUGUACCUGUUGAUUUUAUUUAUCAGUUUAUUUUUCUAUUUAUUGUUUCAAAUGUAAUUUAA